GUACCAGUGCGCGUGAAGCCGAGAGGAGGAGAAGAGCUUACUUAUUAUGGGAGCAGCUUUUGCUGUCCUGUCUCCUUUCACCACUCCUCCACAGCCAUGCCACCAAGUGUGCACCGGCAGACCACAGCACCAAGACGAGCAAAGUGUUUUUAAAUCAUCAUAAUUGAGCUGGCUUGUCUGAAAAUGAAACGAGGACAGACAGGUCUCAUUUCAAAGUGCCCGACCUUCUCCUCCCACGAGGAGAGGACUAAGAGACAGAAGUGGGGGGCGUCCAGCUUCGCUCUGUCCCCAGCAGAGGACUGGGGCAACCUGCCCCACCACGUUGUCCUGCAGAUAUUCCAGCAUCUGUCACUCAUAGACCGAGCCAGGGCGUCGUCCGUGUGCCGCCACUGGAAUGACGUCUUUCACACCCCCGACCUGUGGAGGAGGUUUGAGUUUGAGCUCAAUCAGCCGGCUACGUCUUACUUGCGCUCCACUCACCCUGACCUCAUUCAGCAGAUCAUCAAGAAGCAUGCACAGCACCUGCAGUAUGUUAGCUUUAAGGUGGACAGCUGCAUAGAGUCUGCAGAAGCGGCCUGUGACAUUCUCUCCCAGCUGGUGAACUGCACCAUUAAAACCCUGGGGCUGAUUUCCACAGCACGGCCAAGCUUCAUGGACGUGUCUCAGGCUCACUUUGUGUCUGCACUGACGGUGGUGUUCGUCAACUCCAAGUCCCUCUCCUCUAUCAAGAUUGACGACACGCCAGUGGACGACCCGUCCUUAAAGGUGCUGGUUGCCAACAACAGUGACACACUUAAGUUGCUGAAGAUGAGCAGCUGUCCUCAUGUCUCCCCAGCAGGUAUCCUGUGUGUGGCAGACCAGUGCCAUGGUCUAAGGGAGCUGGCGUUGAACUACCACCUCCUGAGUGAUGAGCUCCUUCUCGCCCUCUCCUCUGAAAAACACGUUCACCUGGAGCACCUGCGCAUCGAUGUGGUGAGUGAAAACCCCGGCCAGACACACUUUCACACCAUCAAGAGGAGCAGCUGGGAGGCCUUGGUCCAACACUCACCCAAGGUGAACAUCGUCAUGUACUUCUUCCUCUAUGAGGAGGAGUUUGAGCCCUUCUUCCGCGAGGAGACCCCCGUCACCCACCUGUACUUUGGCCGGGCGGUAAGCAAAGAGAUGCUGGGCCGCAUCGGACUGAACUGCCCUCGGCUGGUGGAGCUGGUUGUGUGCGCAAACGGCCUUGAGCCCCUGGACGAGGAGCUGAUCCGUAUCGCGGAGCGCUGCAAAAGUUUGACGGCCAUCGGGCUAGGCGAGUGUGAAGUGACCUGCAGUGGCUUUGUGGAGUUUGUGAAGAUGUGUGGGGGCAGGCUGACUCAGCUGUCAAUCAUGGAGGAGGUGCUGAUCCCAGACAGCAGCUACAACAUGGAGCAGAUCCACAGUGAAGUGUCCAAGCACUUGGGCCGCAUGUGGUUCCCUGACAUGAUGCCCACCUGGUAGGAAUGAAGCCACAGUGGUGAGAAAUAUUUGCCUUUGAUGGACUUACUGUACGGAUAUUACAUGAGCGUUGUGUGUUCACAGUUAUACAUUUUUUUGCGAAACAGUUGCAAAGCUUGUGUUGUGCUCCUUUUGGACAGUUGGCCUAAGUUUAAGCCUCAGACGGCUCAUCAGUCCUCAGUGUUGUCGGCUGGUUCAUGAGAAGUUGGGUCAUCACUGUAUUUUUUAUACCUGCAGUGAAUGUGACAUAAGAGAAAUAAUUAUUUAUUUUUCACGUACAGACUUUUAUUUUCAGGAUUUCUGUUCUGUGAGCACACAGAUUUGUUUAAACGCAUCAAUAUUGUGAUGUAAAGUUUUGGAUGUAACAAUUUCAACUUUAAAUUCAUUGGUUGACCUGAGCUUACAUUCAAUGCCACAUUUCAUCAUGAUGUGAAAAGGCUGUGACUCUGCCACCUGCUGGUUGAUUUGUGUUACAGCCAUCACACCGUCACAUGUCCAUCCAGUUCUUAUUUUGUUUUUCUUCAUUAAAUAUAGCAUCAGCAUCGUCUACUACUUCUGAAGAUUCAGUCUGAGGUGCAGAGACUCACCUGGAGUCAGUGUUUUAGAGAGUUGUGCAGACGGAACAAGAGUUUCCAGUUGCGUUUGAAGAAGUCAUUCAUGCAUUCUUGUCAAACACAAAAGUCUUUUGUGCUCUCGUCUAUUUGUGUCAGAAGGGAUUCUAAUAUUUCACCCUACAGCAUUUUCUUUCACGUUUUAAUUGCUGGGUUGUCGGCUAAAUUAUGUAAGGCUUAAGACGAUGCCACAACCUAAGUCUGCUUUUGACAUUCAAGUGAAUGGUCAUAGUGAUUGUCUCUGUCAACACAAAACACCUCUAGUUGACAUCAGUCUGAGAAAAAGACAUGAAGGUUUUAAGACUUGAUGUCUUUACUGUUCUUUAAAAAUAGGGGCCAAAUAUUGGGUAAUACGUGUUUCAUGGUAUUUCAUUUAUUUUACUACAUGGUCAAAAUGUAAUUUAAGCAAAGUACUUUUCCGAAUCAUACCAUGUGAUAAAUUAAAACAGCUUUGUAUUUAAAAUGUGUGUCAAUUUAAUGUAAAGUUAACAUAUGUUUGUGUUAUUGUGAUUUAGGCUCGCUCAGGUCUGUGCUUCACUGUAGCUGCCCUUUUUGAACGUAUGCACUCAAUUCUCAGACACUGAACUUGACUGUGCUUCUCAAGGCUUUAAUGUGAUGAGACCUGUUUCUCUGUCUUUGUCCCAUUUGACCUUUAUGCAGCUCAUUGUUCUCAACACUAGAGGGCAGCAGUGACAUGAUUGCCGGCAGUGGGACGUUAUGUAAGCAGGACUGCUGCUGUAUAAUGAAGUAGGGAAAUGCCAAUUAUAACUCAGCCCUUUUAACAAGUGGAUUUGUCUUGUGCAUACUCCAUUUCCAUAAAAAAAAAGGCAUCAGACGUUGCAGCUCAGCAGCCUUUUCUUCAGAUUCCUUUGAAUUUACGUUUUCACUUGUUUGAUGUUGCAUCUGAAAUUAAACAAGACAACAUCUCUGUGUCACACACACACACACACACAGACACUUGAUCAUUCUUUUAAUGCAUUUUAACAGCAAAUUAAACAGUUUUGUGAUAAAACUAAAGUCACAGACCCAGCUUAGGAAAAACAUGUUUUCAAUACAGGAAAAAUGAAUGAAAAGUAUGUGAACCACACAUUUGACAGGACGUAAUGUGACUGUUGGGGAUGUCUUUCUUGGUGAGAGGAAAAUAUUAAACCAGCUAAGCAUUUCGAUCUGGAAAA